AUGGAAGAAGUAGAUCAACUAUUUGAGGUGUCAAGCAGCCAGGCAUCGGCACCACCAGGCUUUAAAGAUACGGUGAAUAUCUCUCUCCUUGGUUUGGCAGUGUCGGAUCUACUUUCUUUAAUAACUGCUCUUUGGGUGGCCAUAUGCUGGAACCCGUUAAUGUACUACGCCGACCUGCCCUUCAUUCCAGAAGACGUAGAUUACUUGACCGGAAGUCUACCCCACCUUCUUUUCACUCGCGUCACUGCCUGGAUUACGGCAUUCGUCGCCCUGGAGCGCUGCCUCUGUAUCGCCAUUCCUCUCCACGUGAAAACCAUCGUCACGCCUUCGAGGGUCGCGAUCUACAUCGUUUGUACUUUCGUGGUGGUGACCGGAGCUCAGGCAGGGUCCUUCUACACCAGCAGCCUGGAGUGGGUGUUCAAUAGCUUAAGGAACAGGACGAUCAUGAGCCGUGUGUGGAGAGAAGGCAGCCAGGAGAUCGAGAGCAUUACCUACUCGGUCAAUCUGGUCUUUCCUUUUGGAUCUUUCAUCAUAGUCGUCGUCUGCACCGCCAUCUCCGCCAUCCAGCUCAGGCGGAAGUCCAAAUGGAGGAUGAAAACGACGAUGGCGAAGUCAACGCGAAAGGACAACGAGGCGGACGUUGUGUCCAAGGAGAAAAAGGUUAUUAAACUUGUGGUCAUGAUCUCGGUCAUCUUUAUCGUCAGUUUCCUGCCGUCCAACAUCAUCCACAUCACCUACUGCAGCAUCGCCUCUCAGCCAGAGCUGGUCUACUUCUACUGGCCAUAUCUUAGCAUAUCCUAUUCCUUUGUCAAAAUCCUGGAAGCUUUCAACGCCAGCAUCAGCAUCGUCCUGUAUUACGUCAUGAGCUCAAAGUUUAGGAACAACUUCUACGUUUUAUUUGGCGUCAAGACAACAUUCAAAAUGUAGGCAUGAAAAUAAACUGAUUCCAUUCAAUAGAGCGCUGUGUUUAGUCUUGCUAUAUGCUGGAAGUCUUUAACCUGAUUAAUGUCACACAACGAUUUUAGUUAAUCAAUUAAAAGAAAUAAGAAUCUUGCAUUGGAACAGUCUAAACCAA